CCCCGGCAUGGUUGGAUCAGCUCAGGCUUGCAGCAAUCCAACAUGGAGUAGCAGGGCGAGAGGAGAUGGGGCUCUAGCGGGGCCACCCCACGGCGACAACGACGCGCUUUCUCACGCACAACCGGAGCUGCAGUCGUGUCGGUGUCUCCUUUUUGGAGGCGGGGUGGAAGUAUUUGACGACAACAACAACAAAAACGACGGGACAACGCGACCUGGCUGGAGGAAGAAAGGAAGUAGAGGGGGGGUGGGGGGGUUGUCGGGACGACUACCGCGGUUACCUGCUGGCCUGCCUGCCGGCGAUGGGCCGCUAGAAAGUUGGAGGAUCGGAAAGAAGAAGGAGGAAAAAAAUAGGUGGGGUGGAGGGAGGGAGGGGGGACGACACACACACACAAACACACACACAAAAAAACACUUGGAGGAUUUUUCUUAUGCGGGAUUUAUGGACGAUGACGAGGCUGAGGAAUGCUACGUGAGCUGAGGUGAAGAGAGAAAAUGAUAGAAGAAACACACCCUAACGAUGACAGCUACAUCGUGCGUGUGAAAGCAGUGGUGAUGACGCGGGACGACUCGAGCGGAGGCUGGCUGGCGCAGGACGGGGGCGCUCUCAGCAGGGUGGGCGUCUGUCGCUUACGACCCACCGAGCUACCCCCGCUGCCGCCCUCCGGAAGCUCGCAGUUCCUCAUCCGGGGCGAGCGACUGCGGGACAAACAGGUGAUCCUGGACUGUCCACUGAGGAAAGACUUGGUGUACACUAUAGCAACGCCCACCUUUCACCACUGGAAGGUGGAGGACCGAAGGUGUGGCCUGGGCUUCCAGGGUCCAGCUGAUGCAAGGGCGUUCGACAGGGGGGUGCGGAAAGCCAUCGAGGACCUGGCAGAAGGUUCGACCACAUCCUCUACAGCACUGCAGAACGAAGGCGAGCUGGGCGACGACGACGUCUUCACGAACGCCACCGACAGCUCAUCGAACUCCUCCCAGAAGCUGGAGAGCUGCCUGCAGCCGCUCGAGUCUUCUCCUCUUCCGCAGAGACACAGGUGCAUGCUGGGAUAUCGUCACAACCUCCAUGACACCUAUCGGCUUUCAGACCACUACUUAUUGGACCAGCCUCUGUCUCGACUACCCCAUGUUACCUUCCAAGAGGAUGAGGAAAUCGUCCGCAUCAACCCACGGGAGCGUAUCUGGGAGCGAGCCACCGAUCGACUGCACGUGCGGCCAUCAGAUCGCUCCUGGCUCACAGGCUACGAGGACUACCGACACGCCACGGUGCGUGACAAGUUCAUCCAAAUGGAAGAUUCUGAAUUCUAUGUCCAUUUUGCCAAAACGGAGACGCAGAAGCACGACUACACCUAUCCCCUGGCGCCAGCCCUGUCGCCCUCAGACUCUGACCCAGCCUUAGGACCCUUUCCCAGUAAGAGCCACGGCGGGUCGUAUCGCCAAGGCUUCUCUGUGGUCUCCACCCAGCCUCGUUCCUUUCUGCCAAGCUCCUCUCCGUCCACCAAUGGCGGGAAGGGACGCAAGGAGGAUGGACUGGAGCGUGCUCAGUGCGAGCAUUGCGGCGAAGGCUUUUACAUCUCCGAAAACAGGAGGGGCCGGUGCCAGGAUGCUCCGGACCCCGUGCGGGGCUGCAUCCAGCGGGUCAGCUGCAUGUGGCUGGCAGACACCAUGCUAUACCACUGCAUGUCCGACCCGGAAGGGGACUACUCGGACCCCUGCUCCUGUGACGGGGGUGAGGGUGGCAGAUUGGGCACCCGCUGGUUAGCCCUGCUGGGCUUAUCCCUGGUGGCUCCCUGCCUCUGCCUUUACCCGCCCCUUCACGCUUGCCAUCGGGCGGGGCUGGCUUGCGGCUGUUGCGGAGGCCGACACAAGUCCCUGAGCUGAGCCUCCCGGUUCAGAAACCCUUCAGAGGAAAUGGAAAAACCAUAACCCAACGCAAGCACAGUCAAGGACUUGAGGAGGACAAAAACGGAGGGACUGCAGCUCUCUCUGCCGAUAAGCCAAAAAAUGUAAAAAAAAAAACGGUCUGUGCAUUUUCUAAGCACGGCCUGGGAAGAUAAGCUCCCCCUAAUGGCAGACGGAUCUCUCGUCUUUCUACGUGGCAAUUUCAGUGCUCCGUUUUUGGCGAGACAAGAGAGAGCACUCAGGGGGCCUUUUUUUCAUUUGUUUUAUAGCCGACCUAUAUGUAUCACAUAUGCAGGUACUUUAUACUUUGUACACUGACUUGGUAUCAAAGAACUUGAAUUAUUUUCUCCUGGUUCUAGUCUUUAUGUUCCUAUUUUAGUAUCAUGUCACACUUUCAAUGAAGACACUACACCUCUGCAUGCGUGGGUGAAUGGAUGAGUGGAGUGAAGUUCACGUAUGAGUCCUCCUAAUCAAACAUCCCAAAAAUGUUACUUUUCAAAUCUAUUUAUUUAACAACAGAGAAAAGAUGCUGGUUUGUGGUUCAGUCACUAACAAACGAGACGGUGCCUCCAUGCUCUUUUCCGGCGACUAUUCCAAUCGGUGCCUCAAAUCACCAAAAUCUGGAACUCUUGCCAUUCUUUGAAUUCCUUUCCACCAGUUUGUGUCACUGUUAGCAGCGCUGCCGGUCUUGCCUUAACCACCCAGAGCGUGAGACGCCCCAAAUGAAGAUUUACGUCAUGGAAUUCAUACCAAGCGCGGUUACAUCUAAAAGCAAUCGGCCGCAUAAACUCGGUUUGAACUCUCCCGUUAAAUACAAGCUCUCAGUAAGACUUACCUGCGACGUACAAUCGGCUCCUGUGUGCAAAGCCAGCGGUCAUACCAGUGGAGCAGCUAACAGGAAUCCAAACAAACUGAAUUUUCACGCUUUUGGAGGUCCGGACGGCCCAACAGUCACCAGAGAACCAUCCUUUUGUUGUGCAAUGCUUAAAUCAUUUUUGCUUGGUUUUCUGUGCCUAAAAAUACAGACUAUUUUCUAUAGAUGUUCUCAUUCAUCCAGGUCAUUGAAUUCAAUCGAUCACAACUGUACCUUUCGGUUUGUCUUAAAAGACGUUUCGCUUCUCAUCCAGAGGCGAAAGGUCUUCUAAGACAAACCGAACAGUCCAGUUGCGAUUGAUUGAAUGCCCUGAGAAUAAAAGCUACUGCACGCACGGUUGAUCUCACUCUUCGUUACUUUUAAGAACAGGACAUUUCACAGCAAAGUCAACAAUUAAGCCCUUAAUUACCUACCGAUCCUAAUCUGAAUUUAAAAAAACCCAGCUAAGCGAUGCUAGCUUUGCGUUAUGCUAGGCCCUAAAACAAAUAUUUCACUCAUUCGAUUUAACACCAGAUUGGUUUAAUAAAGUCAAAGUACUGAAAACUGUUUGAUCUGUGACUGAUUUUUUUUUCUAAAAAGGCGAGAUAUUUAUAGCAUCCCGUUUCGAAAAGGACAAGGGUGUUUUUUUCCGAAUAAACAGCUGAAGUCCGGGAAACAAACCUCCCAAUGUGAUUGUUGUGCCAAGGAAAUGUCACUUACUGUAGUCAAAAUCCAGAAUGCCUGAGGAUGUCCUUUUUCCUUCUGUGGUCGCGUCCGUCUCACGCAUCCUGUCCUGUGCCCCACUUUGUGUAUGUCCUUGACAAGUGCGUGUAUGUGUGUGUGUUUACACCACAUCCCGUUCCCCGUCUCCUGAUCCUGCAUCCACUGUGUCUGUGGGGACAAAAUGAAGAUGGCGUUACAUCCAGUUGAUUCCUGCGCUUCAGCGGUGUCGACUAUCAGCGAGAAAGACAAUCAGAUUGGAAAGUGUGUUUGUGGGUUUUGGGGAUUUUUUUGCUUCCGGUGUUUGUGUGUCCUUUCAGAGCCAAUUUACAAGUGCCUGAACGCAUCCUCUCUAUCUCUGUUGUGUAUUUAAGUUGACAAAUUCCGACAAAAAAAAAAAAAGACUCCUUGUAAUGAAUUAGGCCCAUUUUUUACGCUUCGUAUUUUUACCGCUGUAAAAAAAAAAUAA